CACCACAUAUCCUGCAUCUUGAUAUACAUCAAUCUCUCCUGAAGGGUGUAGGCUAACAAGGGUGCAAGCAUAGGUUAUUAUAGACGGCCACCAUAGAUGCUGUCAACAAGACACCCACAUGGCGAUCGUCACUUUAUGUGAGUUUACGAGUGGUCCCCACGAGCGGCGAGACAGUAUUGGAAAUUGGUCGUCCGACGGUGGUGGUCUUAAGAAUAUUACUGGGUACAAUUCUCGCUCAAGCCAUGAUAUAUAUCAUCAACAGGCGUACGCCAUCCGGACCUACGAAAGGCGUAACUCACUUCCCUAUCGAUAACCUAGUAGAAGAACAGCUAAGACGCGCGUCCCUUCCAGCUGAACACGUCGUCGACGGUACUUUGGUAAAUUUCGUUGGACGAAUUAGGCUGAUAAGAAGCUCGGGUGAGGAGAAAACGAAGAUACGAAUUCUCUUACACUCUUCGUCACUAUGAAAUUCCUCUGCCUGCCCGGCGCGUACGGCAGCGCCAAGAACUUUGGCGUCCAGCUCGGGCCCUUCGCCAAGCACAUGGAGGACCGGGGCCUAGCGACCUUCGCCUUCACGCAGGGCGCGCACGAGGUAGAGCCGCCGCUAGGCUGGGAGAACUACUUCGGGUCGCGCCCGCUAUACCGGUUCGUCGAGGCGGCGGCCGGCGCGGGCGACGCCUUCGAAGUCGUGCGCCGCGUCCGCCAUAUCCCGCGCGGCCUGAGCCCCGAAGCGACCCUUCGGCUGUUCAAGCCGCCGCGCCCCGUCGCGUACGACUGGCGCGCCUUUCGCGAGGCUCUGGACGGGCUGUUCGAGACCAUCGAGGCGAAUGGGGAGAUCGACGGGCUGAUUGGGUACUCGGAGGGCGCGAUGAUGGCGGCGUCGAUCUGUGCCGAGGAGAAUAGGCGGUGGGAGGAGAGGGGGGUGCCUAGGCGUAUUAAGUUCGCCAUAUUCUUCGCCGGCACGCCUCCCCUAGUCGCCCAAGGCGACGGCUUCGUAGCCCGCCUGGCAGACGAGUACGGGACGUCCAUCUCGAUCCCGACGUUCCACGUGUUCGGGUCCAACGACCCGCUGGUAUACUCGUCCGUCGCGCUGUACAACGCGUGCGAGCCGGACGCGGCGCAGCUGUACGACCACGGCCUGGGCCACCUCGUGCCGCGCGACGCCGACAACGUCGAGCAGCUGGGCGACGUGCUUGCCGACGUCAUCACUCGGAUCAACAAGGAGACCGAGAAAGAGAAGCUUUCUGCUGCUUCUGCCGCCGCCGCCGAAGCCGAGUCCGUGUCUGCGUCCGACACCGAGCCCCCCUCCGCCGACGAGUAUGCCGACGAGUCCUCUGCUACUACACCCUCGUCUGCUGCGUCUAGCGAUGAGUCGUCGGAUCUGGAUUCGCGCUCUAGUAACGGCGUUGGGGUUGGGUCUGAGGGUAUUGCUGUUACGGUUUAAAAUGGACUUAACUACUACUUAGGAAAUCUUCAGGGGAAAACGGGGAGUUAAGUUAAGGGGAAGGAAUGACAUAAGAAGAGCAACUCGCCGCGUUCUUACGUACUAUUUUCCCUAAACUCGAAUCUGGCAAUGAAUGCACUUGAUUUCGUGGUCUUUGGAAUUUACCUACAUAGUAUACACCCUCGCGUUUUAGAAAUUUGUUAGUUUUAAGAUUACCC